UACUGUUUGAGCUUACUCAUUGUUCUUGACAUUUUCAAUCACUAAAACUUUUUGCAGAAAUGGUCGCCUUCGGAGUCCCAUACGAUGCGAAAACAGAUCCGAUACAAGAGAUGAAAGCUUUUAAAGCUGCAAUGGCGGAUGCAAAAGCGAAUCCAGAUUGGCGUACAGCUCGUUUCAUAGAACGUCAGCGCUGGAAUCCAUAUUCAUUUGAAGGAGGCUCCACAUGCGCUAUAGCUGGGGAUAAUUUUGCGAUCGUCGCGAGUGACACACGAAUGUCACAGAUGGAAAUCAACAUUCUUACUAGAGAUGCUGAAAAAGUGCACGUACUGAACGAUUCCGUCAUUCUAGCAACCUCGGGCUUCUAUGGUGAUGUUCUUCAGCUUAAGAGAGUGUUGCAGGCUCGCCUCCACAAGUAUCGCUUUGACUAUAGGACUGAUAUGAGCGUUGAUCUGAUGGCCGAGCUCUUAUCGAGGAACUUAUACUACAGAAGAUUUUUCCCUUACUAUACGGGUGCAAUUUUGGCUGGCAUCGACGAGAAUGGCAAAGGCGCAGUAUUUAGCUAUGAUCCAAUCGGUUGCAUUGAACGAAUAGCUUACGCCGCCACUGGAGCAGCUGAGCCAAUGAUGAUACCAUUCCUUGACUGUCAAGUCGGUAACGUGACCCUCUCCGAAGAAGCUGAACGUGCACCGCUCACCUUGCAAAGAGCUGUCUCACUGAUGAAGGAUGCCUUCCGUACCGCCGCCGAAAGAGAAAUCUCUACUGGUGAUAAGAUACAUUUGGUCGUUGCAGAAGCAGGCAAGCCUAUCCAACAGUCGUAUCUCCCUCUUCGCGAGGAUUGAAGCACAUACUACGUACCUGAUACACCGUCCUUUGCGGUUGUUGUAUUUAUUAUAAUAAACUUUAUGUCCAGGUUCUGAUAAAAUGUUGUGCGUUA